AUGUCCUGCAGGAGAUGGACAGCGAGGCCGCUGACAAGGUCUCUGAACGACGCGCUAGCGGUGGUGGCGGCAGCGACCAAGGCCGUUGACGAGAAGAUCGCGAUGGAGGAGAAGUUUUGGAACUGGAAGAUGGAGAUUGUUAGGAGGAAGCACAACCACAUCUUGUCCCUGUUCAACCUACACAAGGUGUUGGUGGAGAAGAAGCAGGGAAGCUGCUCGCUGAGAAGACCACGCAACAGAAGACCCCCACCGCUGCCGGUGUUAUCUCUAGCACGAGCUGACCACAUCGGGCGUUAG